CUUCAUGGCGCCCAAGAAGCAGGUUUCCAAGCUCGGUGAUGGCGACACUCGUUCGAAGACCACGCGAAACAAUCGCAAGCAGAAGGGUGAGAGCUUCCUCGCCAAAGGCAAGCCCACUUAUGACAAAGACGUGACUGCACAGCGAAAAUCGGGUCGGAAGCGGCGAAGACGGGUCAGAUUGGGAGAGGAUGACACAUCCGACAAUGACUCCACCGCUGCUUCCGAUCAGGAGGAGGAGGAUGAGGAUGGGGCAGGCCGUGAUGUACGCAAGCGGAACGAGAGUUUGGGGCGUGAAUCCGGGGGAGGCGACGAAAGUGACGAGGACGAGGGAGCGGAGACAGGAGGUGAGGAAAGUGACGACGAAAAUGCCGACAACGACACGGAUGGGGAUGGUGAGGAAGAGCAUGUUGAUGAGAAUGUCGAGGAGGAUGAGGGUCGUGACGCUGGAAAGUCGGACGACGACGAACAUGACGAUGAGAAUGAGUUGGAUGAUGAGGAUGCUGACGAAGCUGUUGCUGAGGAUGCUGACGACGGUGCUGAUGAGGAUGCCGAUGAAGAUGCUGAUGAAGCUUGCGCUACGAGGAGGGGAAAG